UCUUCCCUGUCAAUGGUUGACCUUGCAUUUCUUUAUCAAAACCAAACACCAAUUCUCCCUUUGAUGCCAACUUAAGUUGCUUUAAAAUAAGCACCCGCGCUUGCUUUUCUUCCAUGAUCUGAAACAAGGCAAGGAAAAAAAAACUGAAUACAUUAUGGAAUCUGGAGGAGGAAGAAGAAGGGUGGUAGUUGUUGGCGGUGGAAUUGGCGGCUCUCUCCUCGCCAAAACUAUCCAAUUCAAUGCUGAUCUUACUCUCAUCGAUCCGAAGGAGUAUCUUGAGCUCACAUGGGCAAACUUAAGGAACAUGGUGGAGCCAUCGUUUGCGGAUAGAUCAGUGAUAAACCAUAGAGAUUACCUUACCAAUGGACGUAUCGUUACGUCCGCUGCGAUAAGCAUCACCGACACCGAAGUAUUGACCGCCGACGGCCGUCAUAUUGUUUAUGAUUAUCUUGUAAUAGCUACUGGACACGCUGAUCAUGUUCCCAUAACUAAGUCGGAGAGACUUCACCAAUAUGAUGCAGAAAAUAAAAAGAUACAAUCUGCUCAGUCUAUUUUGAUUGUCGGAGGAGGUCCGUCUGGUGUUGAACUUGCUGGAGAAAUCGCCACCGACUUUCCCGGAAAGAAUGUUACCCUGGUCCAUAAGGGACCGAGGUUGGUUGAAUUCAUAGGAACAAAGGCUUCUGAUAAGAGUUUAGGUUGGCUGAGAUCAAAGAAAGUUGAAGUAAAACUAGAGCAAGCAGUUGAUCUGAAUUCCACUUCGGAUGGAAGCCAAGUAUAUCAAACCUCGGCCAGAGAAAGCAUCAAAGCAGAUUGUCAUUUCCUCUGUGUCGCAAAACCAUUGUCUACAGCAUGGCUUAGUGAGACUAUAUUGAAGACCAACUUGGAUAAAAAUGGAAGGUUGAUGGUUGAUGAGUAUUUGAGAGUCAAGGGUCGAAGCAACAUAUUUGCAAUUGGAGAUAUCACUGAUAUCCCAGAACUCAAACAAGGUUACAUAGCUCAUAAACAUGCCAUGGUGGUCUUUAAAAACCUGAAGCUGUUGAUUGAUGGAGGUAAAGAAAGCAAAAUGACCAAGUACAAGCCUGGUUCGGCGAUUGCAAUGGUUUCCCUUGGCAGGAAAGAUGCCGUCGCCCAGUUUCCUUUUACGACCCUCAGCGGACGUGUUCCAGGCUUGCUCAAAUCCCGAGACUUGUUUGUGGGCAGAACCAGAAAGCAGAUGGGUUUACAGCCUUAAGCUUAUACGAACGUCUAAAACAAGUCAGUUUGCUAUUGUAGUUUCCACAUAUCCCCAUUGUUUUGGUAAGAGAUUCAUGUAUUUAUGUUCUUAUAAUGUUUCAUGUCCUUUUGGCUGUUCACUUGUAUGCU